GCAAAAAAAUUCUUGACCCUGUUGCUCAUAAUCCCAGCCCAUACAGGAUUUCGAAAUCAUGCCACCUAAAAAGGCUAAAAAGAUAUCUUUGAACGAGUUUCUUGGUAAUUCAACACUUGGAUCAUGGGCGGAUGAAAUGGACGCUUUGCCGUCUGCUCCGGCGAUGAGAAGUGAUGAUGAUCAAGGUCGUUCAAACGAUCGCUAUGGAAGAAGGGACGAUUUCAUGUCUUCAAGGCCCGAUCGUGCAGCCGCACCACCCCGAGAAGACUUACCUCUACCUACCCAACCUCCUUUCACCGCGUUUGUUGGCAACCUAUCAUUUGAUCUAACGGAAGCUGAGCUCGGAGACUUCUUUUCACCAUCUCAACCCAAGUCCGUGAAAAUUAUUCGUGACAGAGAUGAUAAACCAAAAGGCUUUGGAUACGUCGAAUUCGAAGACGUGGAAGGAUUGAAGGAUGCUAUCGCCAAGACCGGAUCGUCGUUUUCUGGUCGGAUAAUUCGGAUUAGCGUAGCGGAAGCUCCCAAGGAACGUCCAGGAUUUGGUGCCGACGACAGUAAAUUUGAUAGCCCGUGGCGCAGGGAUGGUCCUUUACCUGAUGAACCUUCACGAGACUCUUCACGUCGGCGUUUCGACGCCCCUCGGCCGGAGUCACUACCUAGCGUGGCUGAAGGUGUCAGUGAUUGGCGAUCGAACAAGCCUCGUGCAGCACUCGAGCCCGAGGCUGGUUCAAUGAGACGUAAAAAUAUUGGAUUCGGCUCUGACAACGCUGGCGCGGCGGACCGAGAGGAGACCUGGACCAUUGGCGGAAAAUUCAAGCCUUCGGAGGACAAAGAUGCAAGUACAGGCAACAAGUUUGGCAGUCGAGGAAGGGGCGACAUGGGCCCACCUAAAGAUCCAGCAUCCGCCGCUGACGAAGGAUCAGAUUGGCGGUCAGCGCGAAAGCCAGCGCGUGACAGCACUUCUCCAAGCACUUCAACGCCGCCGACACCACAAAUGGGCAGACGCAAGCUAGAGCUACUGCCACGAUCUGGUAGUGGAUCUAAUGUAGUCAGCCCACUCUCAUCUCCCAAAAUAGGUCCAUCUCCCACUGCAUCUGGUGGCUCUAAUCGCGCCAAUCCUUUCGGCGCUGCCAAACCGGUCGACGUAACGUCUCGUGAGAGAGAAGUUUCUGAGCGACUGGACAAAGAUCGCGAGCGUCUUUCUAUGUCACGAACCAGCUCUCGCACAGGCGUGGAGAGAACCACCUCUCGACCUGGAAUGGAGCGCACGUCCUCCAGAUCUGGUAAUGAACGGCCAACACUUGCUCGAAAUCCAAGUACAUCCAGCUCAGCCACUACGAGCAAUGCACCACCAUCCGCGAAAACUAUCAACCCGUCCUUAGCUGCGAACGUCCGACCCUCAUUUAGCUUUGCCAGUGCUGCAGCUAACAAAGGGGAAAAGAAGAAGGAUGAACAAGAGAAUGGCGCUGAUGAAGAAACGAAUAUUCCUAUGGUGGACGAUGUACGGGACCAACUGGGGGAAGUGACUAUCUAGUGCGAUCUUGAUAUGACCACUACCUUUUGCUGUGUAUGAGUAAAUUAUCCAUUAUUCGUUGUACACGAUAUCAGGAGAGAUGCCUCGCUAAGGCGGAACAGUUGACGCUCUGUUUCUC